UCAAAUUAUAUGUAAUAUAUCCAUAUAGUCUCUGGUGAUCUAUCAUUUUUCUGGUCACUUCCAGCACCGGUACCGUAAUCGUAUGAAUAGACGCACAACAAAAUCCAAAGAACAGCUCACUUGACCGCUGUGAACCAUCCUGAUUAAAUGACUACAGCUACUACUACUGUAGAUAAAUGACUACAGCACACAGUACAAAAUAUUAUAAGAUAUCUCACAGCAAUUAAAAUUUAAAAAAAAUGGGGGCUGACAGGGGCUGGGAGAGUUGGAGUGUAACUCGACAGAAAAAACUAUUGACCUACACAUAAGAAUAAGAGGGGUUGCUGCUGCUCGCUCAUCAUCUCUCCUCCCAGCUGCUGUAUCUGAGGAAUAGGUGCAUCGCUCAUUCAUUAAUCAACAGUGGUCAGUGAAAACUACCCUCACUACUGAGAAUGAAGUUUACCAUAUUGCAGUGGUUGCUGCAAAUGUAAGUCACUCUCUUAUUAAUCUCAAAGUUUAUUAGGGACUUUGAGGGGUGCGUAAUGAGGGGGCACGCCAUGCACCUGCACACGGGAGGGCAUUGCACCCCACUGCCUCCGCCUUGGCGUCGGGCCAGUAGCCUACUGUGAGCUGCAGCCAGGAAUACUUGCAGCGACUAGCCCGGUAUCAAACAUCAAACAACACGGCCAACAGGAAGAGCCCUUCCGAUAACUCGUCCUCACCUGGCGCACUGAAUCCAAGUUCUACCUGGAUUAACCGCUGCUAGGUGACACCCUGUGGACCACAGACAGCUGUUUGGACAUCUGGAUUCACCAAGUUGCCCAUUGUUUACAAGCCGGUCCAGCUGCGCGUUCAUGUACGUUCGUGUGAAGUUGUCGGAUAAAGAAAGGGACAGAACUCGGAUUAACAUUGGCCUUGCAUUUCCAAGGUGGAGAGCACUGCAAGAGCUUAAGGGACUACAAUUUGACUCGGAGCUACCUCUUCUUCUCCUGGACAGGUGAGAAUGACAAAGAGCGACACUGGAGUGCAGAGCAUCCGAGAAGCGCUGACACGGCACAAUGAAGAAGAUGAUGACGAUGAGGAAGAAAAGCUGAUAGAAGACAAUGAGCCCAGAGCCUGUGGUGUGUGUGGAGAUCUGGCCAAAGGUUACCACUUCAACGCUCUGACGUGCGAAGGCUGCAAGGGCUUCUUCAGACGUGCCAUAAAGAAGUCAGGGCAGCUCCGCUGUAGGUUCCUGAACAAAUGCAGUAUAACCAAAAACAACAGACGGUCGUGUCCAGCCUGCCGCCUCCGUAAAUGCCAAGCUAUCGGCAUGCGCCAGGAAAGAUUUUGUGUCCUUGUAGUGGUCAUGUCUGAGGAGGAGGUAUUGGAGAGGAGGAUCAGAAUCAAGACAAGGAAAAUGCUUGAAGCACCAGCACAGCUCUCAUCCCAACAAGAGGAAACCAUUCAGGAGCUCCUCCGUGGCCACCGCAACUCUUUUGAUUCAGCCUUUUACCGCUUCAGCGGUUUCAGGCCCAUGGAUAGAAACGUUCUCUCUGUGAGUGAGUACAACCAGUCUGAAAACUCCCUCUCCUCAUUUUCCUCCUCCCUCUCACCCUCCUCCUCCUCCACUCUCUCCGGUUCCUUUGAAAAACAAGAAAACCCAGAGGUCAGAGAAGGCAGCGUUUUCACCGCUCUUCCGCACGUGGCUGACCUCACCACUUACAUGAUACAGGACAUCAUUAGUUUCUCCAGAAGUCUUCGGGACUUCCGAUCUCUAAGCAUUGGAGACCAGAUUUCUCUGCUGAAGGGAGCCACAUUUGAAAUUAUGCAGAUUCGUUUCAACAUGGUGUUCAACGCAAAAACUGGCAUCUGGGAAUGUGGCCAUAUUACGUACUGCAUAGAUGACGCUGUACGAGCGGGUUUCCAGCCGCUUCUGUUAGAGCCUCUGCUCAGAUUUCACCACACACUGCGCAAACUGGGCCUGCAGGAGGAGGAGUACAUCCUCAUGCAAGCCAUGUCUCUGUUUUCUCCAGACCGUCCAGGUGUGCAGCAACACAGUGUGAUUGACCAGCUUCAUGAAAACUUGGCGCUGACACUAAAAACCUGGAUUGACUGCAGGAGGACAGGACCAGAGAAACACUUGCUGUACCCCAAAGUGAUGGCCUGUCUCACCGAGAUGAGGACAAUGACCGAGGAGUACAGUAAACAGGUUCUGCAGAUCCAGGACAUCCAGCCAAAUGUUAUCCCACCUCUCAUAAUGGAGAUGGUCAGUAAAAGCCCCUGUAGUGACUUGUAAUACUGACGUCUGCUGUACAUGGACGGGACCAGCUGAAUGUGCUCAUGUACAUAUGUGUCAAAAUCCAAAAGAAUGCAUGUGAUGUCUAAAGCAUAGACCACACAAAAUCCUGAACAGAUGAAGAUGGUUGUUAAUCCCACUGUCUGAGUCCUGCUGAAAUGUAAACUAUCAUCUGUUCUCUGCACACUACCCACUGUUGUUCUGUUAACUGGCUACAGUACAGGUGGAUUAUGGUGGGUUUGCCAUUUGUGUGUUACAGUAAGUACAGACUUUCUCUCCACGAAUGAAUGUUGACUUAAAGUUGUGAGGUUUUAUGUUUUUUCUAGAUGUCGCACACAGAACUGUCAGAGACCGUGAAGUAUUUUUUCUCAGAGAAUUUAAAAAGCUGUUGCUGCCAAGACAAUAAUGUGUUUUAUAUUUGUUACCUCAAGUUGUGUUUUGUGUUUUGAUGCCAGAAAUGCUCUACACUUAAUGUUAUUAAAACUGCUCAG